CUAGCUUCUUCUUCUUCACUUCUUCUUCAUCGAUCAUAAGCAAUUCAUCCUCAGUUACCAAACGUCGAUCCUAAACUAAUCCAUCAUCAUACAAUACGACAUGGAUUCCUCGGCCACAGGACAACCUUCCGACGUCUGCCACAUUGUAGCAAUGCCCUAUCCCGGCCGGGGUCACAUAAACCCGAUGAUGAACCUCUGCAACUUACUAAUUUCCCAAAAGACUGAUAUUUUGAUAACCUUCGUCCUCACAGAAGAGUGGCUCGGCUUAAUCGGGUCCGAAGCCAAACCAGACAACAUUCGCUUCGCCACAGUCCCUAAUGUGAUCCCAUCGGAGAAGGAUCGUGCUGCCGACAUGGUUGCGUUCUUUGAAGCCAUCAUGACCAAAAUGGAAGCUCCGUUUGAGCAGCUCCUGGUUGGUCUUGAGCCGCCGCCUAGUGCCAUUGUAGCUGACACUUUCCUUCCUUGGGCAGUCACCGUCGGCAACCGGAGGAAUAUUUCUGCGGUGUCUUUUUGGCCAAUGUGCGGGUCUCAUUUCUCCGUGUACCACCAUUUUCAUCUAUUCCAGCAAAACGGACACUUCCCAGUUGACUUGUUAGAGAAGGGCAAUGAACGUGUUGACUACAUCCCAGGAGUUUCUUCCACACGAUUAGCGGACACUACUAGUUUCAUUGAUGGGAGCCAAUCAAAAAUUCUAGACAAUAUUCUCAAGGCUUUUUCUUGGGUGCCUAAAGCACAGUAUCUCUUCGUCACCUCCAUCUAUGAGCUUGAAACUCAAGUAAUUGAUGUUUUAAGAUCAGAACUCUCACUACCAGUUUACACAGUAGGCCCAUUAAUACCUUCCUUCAAAGCUAUCAGUCCUACUGCUACUAACCACCUACAAUGGUUGGAUUCUCAACCUUGUAGCUCUGUUUUAUAUAUCUCUAUGGGAAGCUUUCUUUCAGUUUCAAGUGCCCAAAUGGAUGAGAUCGCAGUUGGUUUGCGCAAGAGUGGUGUUCGAUUCUUUUGGGUGGCUCGCGCUGAAACUAAAAGGUUACAAGAGGGUGAUAUGGGGUUAGUUGUUCCCUGGUGUGACCAAUUAAGGGUGUUAUGCCAUUCUUCUGUUGGUGGGUAUUGGUCACAUUGUGGAUGGAAUUCAGUUAGAGAGGGUGUUUUUGCUGGUGUUCCUUUUCUUACCUUUCCCAUAAUUUUCGACCAAACUAUGAAUAGUAAGGUGGUUGUGGAGGAUUGGAAAAUAGGGUGGAGGGUGAAGAGUACUGAUGCAAAAAUCGACUGUUUGGUGACGAGUGAGGAAAUCGCAGUGCUGGUGAAAAAAUUUAUGGAUUUGGAGGAUGAUGAAGGGAAAGGAAUGAGAAGGAGAGCGAGUGAACUCCAACAGAUAUGGAAAGGUGCCAUUGCAGAAGGUGGUUCAACUAAAACUAAUAUCAAUGCCUUCUUCAGAAACAUUUCACAGAGGCUUGAGGAUUAA